AUGCAUCUCAUCCCCAUCGCCAUCGCCACUCUCCUGGCAACCGCCCAGGCCGUCUUAAUCACGAAGCCCAAAACCGGCGAUACCGUCGACGUCUCCAAGAACUGGGAAGUAUGCUGGACUGCAGUCGACACCGACCCAGCCACCUUCUGCCUCUACCUCACCAACUUCCACCAGCCAUCUCCCCAGAUCUUCCCUCUGCUUAACGAGCAGCCCGUCGGCAAGAACGACGGCUGCGUGACGAUUCCCGGGAAAUGUUAUCCGGAUUUUCGAACGACUCCCUAUCGCGUACGAGCUGCCGUCUGCGGGAACCCGCAAUCCAUCUGGGCUGAAUCGGGCGAUUUCAAUGCUAUUCAGCCGACAUGCCCUGCUGCGAAGCUGCGGAGGGCGGUGCGGAUGUAA